AUGUGCAUAAAUGGAGAUAACAGUGGUUUACAAUGCAGCUGCUUCUGCGACGCCAUUCCAUACAGGCCCAUGGGAUUUCAACUGGAACUUCUGGACUACACAUACUAUAUUCAAAAAAGGAGCACCUUAUUAGAAGAUCCGGCUAUUGCAAGAGCUGCCUUAAUGCAUGGUGGCUUGAUUUGGCACAUCACCAUGGAACACGUGCAGGACCCUGAGUUUAUUUUGUCUGGACUGGGAGGGAACAUAUCUCGCUAUGGGGAAUGUCACAGAAUUCAGGGUAGUGCCAGAACCGAACCCGACUAUGAUCUUUGGGAAGAGACCCUUACUGAGGAUCAAAUCGACCUUCUUUGUGGGGUAUACAGGGUCUAUAGGAGCGCAGCAGGAUCAGCAGGUUCGCUGACAUUCACACAGGAUCUAUCCUGGUUCCCAAGGCAAUGCAGCUUUAGAAAUUCCAGCCUUGACCUUGGGCACUGGAGUCCUGAUGCGGAAGACUGGUAUCAAUGUCGAGUGCAGAUGUACUUGACAGCAGAUCCGAAAGGUCAGUGUCUGAAUCAGGCAGAAUGGAAGAGUUACAUUCACUUAUGGCAGACAACUGUCAGAACAUACAAGGGUAUAGAGGUAGUUUCUAAAGCUUUUCUCAAUCGCCAUUUUCUGCAGCACGUUUAG